AUGUAUUCUCUUUAUUUCCUUGGAAUCAUCAUUAAUUUGGUCGGGGCGGCUCCAAAAUGUCAAUUUUAUUUUGAUUCGUCAGAGGAUGCGGGAUACAAUGUGGUCCGGAGCUCGAAAUUGUGCAAGGACAUCUUGCAAAAUGAGUGGCGCUCCUUUCAAAGGUGUGGUGAGAAACUGGUGGCUGUGUCAUUGUAUACACAAACUGUUUUUCCAACGGGUACUGGAUUGUGAGUUGGAUUUUGGUUUCGAAUUUUAAUAUUGUUGAUGACAAAAUUUGGAGAGUUUUGAAAGAAUUGCUUUCCAGCCUUCCGCACAUUGUCCUCAAUAUGAGCGCGACAUUGUUCGAGCCGACGGAAGCCAUCUUCUUUUUUUAUACAUGUUUAAAUGCGCCAGACCAGAGUGAUAACUACUGUCACGACAAUCAAAUGCAGUUGACUCGUUAUGGAGAGAUUGUCGAGCCCUGUCGAGGAUUUCAGCUGAAUGAUACUGCGGUGAGAUCAAUUUCCGUUUUCAUUUUUGGCGCCCUACUUGUUGUAGUUCACUAAUCGUUUUGCAGGCGACUUUUCGCGCAGAUGUAAACUGUUUUCGUGUGUACGGACUGUCGGAAUAUGUUGUAAAUGUGGUUCUACUGCCGCAGAGAUGUCGGAGUGAAGUCUUUCUAACUAUGCCGCUUGAUUAUCGAUACGAUCCCAGGAUUCAUCAUGUCUUCGACAAGGACGAUCCUCAAGGACUCUCGUUCGACUCAUGGUCACCCUUUUUAUUCGUGGACACGAUGCCGAAAGACGGGGUCUGGGUUCGAUACCAAAAGCCGCCGGAAGAGGCCAAAGUUCUCGAGAUGAACCUCAACUUGUAUAGCAAAGACGGCGAUAAGACGAAGUUGGUUCGAAGAGAGGUCGUCAAGGCGUCGGCCACGGGUUUGAAGGUCCAGAACUUGGAGAAGGGCGAGUAUUUGGUGGUGGGGUAUGUGAAACGACACAAUUGUCAGCUUCAUUGCAAUAAAGAGGACGGGUGUGAAGUGUGCCAUCACACAAUGCUGAAUUUUACGCUCACGGAAGACAAGUUUACGCCGGCAUGGAGAAGAGUUCGUCCGUUGGUGAAUGCGGCCAGAAGUUCCAUGGCAAUAUUUAUUGGUGAGCCAUAUUGAUUAAAUUUGAUCGGAACGUUUAUUAAGCGUAUGAACUUGACCAUUUUCAGUUAUAUUUGCUCUGUUAUGCAUCACAGCCGGGGCCCUUGUUGUGUACAUAAAAUUCGUUCGGCCAAAGAUCUUCAACCGGCGUCCUGCGCAGCAGUUUGAACUCCAAGCAACGCCGAAGGUCCUAAUUGUUUAUUCGGAUGAUUCGGAGACGCAUAGCGAAGCGGUGGCACAGUUGGCACACUUUUUGACGCGAUAUGCAAAUGCUGAAGUUCAUUUGGACCAGUUUGAUCUGUGCGACACAGAUAUUCGACCUUCCGUAUGGCUUCAGCAGAACAUUGAAGAUUGUAGUCAUGUGGUUGUUGUCUUCUCGGAUGCUUUUCAGUAUUUGUCAAAGGGCAGGCAGAUGCGCCAACGACGCCCUUAUCCGGAUAUGUUUAAUGCGGCGUUGCACUUGGUGAUCACGGUAAGGUUUUUAAAUAAUAUUUAAAUUUUAAACUUAAAAGUUUCUCACUGCAAUGUGAAGUUAAUGAAAUGAAGCGGUGAAGUCGAGGAUUACUUGUAUAAUUUAAAUGAAGAUGACUGUCGUAGUAGUAUCACUAAAAAGUUUUAAAGAUUUAUUUAUCUUAGGCCGUCAGCCGCAUAACCAGCACUGCACCGAUGCUGGUGCCCCAACCACAGAACGGUUGCUCGUCAACUCUGACCUCCCUUUCCAAGUUCGUCGUUGUCCAAUUCGACUACUCGGUUCCUGAGGUGAUCCCCGAUUUCUUCAAUUUGGCUCGAUGCAAGUCGUUUACCAUUCCGGUUGAGCUGAAACUCCUGGUUGCUCAUUUGCACAACGUAGACGCCACGUUGAGUAGCCUUGAAUAUCAAGUCGAAACUGGAGACCUGGAACGCGCCGUCAGAGGGCAUGUUCAGUUUACUCGGGACAAUCCAAGAUGGCUGGAAGAACGGUGAGUGCCUCACGACUGCCUUGAAAGCUUUAUAGGGAAAUGCUGUUAAGGCUGUACAUUACCGUUUGAACUCAUAAUUCUUGUAUUUCAGGUUCCUUCCUGCUGAAGAAGUUCAAAACUCGGAGUCCCAAAUACCCGAGGCACCAGUGACGAACCAAAGUCUCCAAGAAAUGGGUCAAAAACUUGGAGUUUUCGUGCCGGAAGACUCGGACGAAGAGCAAGAACCGACUGCGGGUAUGGCCUCGAGACCUCAGAAACUGGAAGAACUCCCUCUCAUUCUGCCGGAUCAAAUCAACGACUCCGACGAUGAAUCGUAA